AUGGUUACUCGUGAACCGACAGAUCGUUUUCUUUCAGGAUUUAUCGAUCGCUGUUUGCGGUGGUCAUCUCCUACCAGCUCGUUGCAGGUCUCAGAAUCGUCCAUCGACUACAUUGCAAAAUCUCUGCGCUCAGGUCGAACUGCUCACAGCACAGUCACAUCGCAAGCGAGAGUGAUGCUGGAAGAUCGCCUCCGCACCAGCCCUUACCUCAUGGAACUUAUUGUUCGCAUAUUCUACCACGACUUCAAGCUUUUUGGAUAUCCACUUCCUGAUCUCAACUCCAUCCAGUCCAGCCAAUUUAAGCACGAUCCUGUGACC